GACUAAACCAAGUGUUGCGUUGCAUGUAUUACCUCGUGUGAGGGUUAACAAUAAAGUCGCUUCGUCAGUCAAACUGGUAUGGCUGUAAUCUCAGAUAUAAGAAAGCCAAAGACACAUAAAGGGAAAAGAGUCUUAGAGCGAAGAGCUCCUAAAUUAGUAGAGAAUGACAAAUGCACCCUUGUCAUAAAGGGUGGUCAUACAAGUGACGUUGUUAAUACGUUUCUCAAUGAUUUAUGCGCUUUGAAAAAACCACUUGUUUACCGUUUAAAGUGGAAAAAUAGAGUCCUCCCCUUCGAAGAUUUAUCAUUUAUUGAGAAAAUGUGUAAUAAGUUCGACUGCUCAAUGUUUGUCGUUGGGAUGCAUUCCAAGAAAAGACCGCAUAACAUUAUUUUUGGAAGGCUGCAUGAUGGUGAGCUACUAGAUAUGUUUGAACUUGGCAUAAAAAUGUACAAACCGAUAUCGGAUUGUAAAGACAAAACUCUCAUAUAUGGAGCUAAGCCCAUGUUAUUAUUUUCUGGAGAGUUGUUCAACUUAGACACAAAACAUAUGACUUUAAAAUCUUUGUUAGUAGAUCUUUUCAAGGGCCCAACAGUUGAGAAGAUAAGAACAUUAGGUGUUGAACACCAGUUCCACUUUGUUUUGUCGUCAGACAAGAAUUUGUGUCUUCGCGUCCGGAAAAUUACCCUGUCAACAAAAGGAAAAACAAACUCAACUGAACUCAAUGUUCCACCUCUAAAGACUCCAGAUGGUAAAGUAGUUCAGAUUACACUUGAAGAUGCUACCCCAAGUGCUGACUUUGAUCUACGACGAGUAUCUUUGCCGUCCGAGGACAAAUGGAAACGAGCUCAUCGUGUACCCCCUGAAGUUAUGAAAGGUGACAAAACGCCUAAAAAUAAAUCUGUCGAUGUUUUCGGUAGCCGAAUAGGACGAGUUCAUGUUGGCAAGUCUUCUGAACUAGAGAAUUUACGACCUGGAUCUACCAUCCGAACUGCUCUGACCGGGCAUCGAAAACGUGGUUUUGAACGAAUAAAAUCUGGUGUUAGCAAAUCUAAAAAAACAUCAGUUCCUAGUGACCUUAGCGUUAGCAAACAGCGUAAACUGUUUACUGAUGCUUAACCAAAUACACACUUUUGCUCUCAAAAGAAUAAUGUUUCGUUUGAUAAUACUGUUUAUAACGUAGACAUCAAAACACUUUAAGCUGGCAAAACUUGAAGAUGAUAAGGGAGUAAAAAAGACGGGAGGCUUAGAACAGUAGCAAUUAAAAGAUGAGAGAUUCCGCUGAUUACCGUUCUAAAUUGUGGAGAGAGCGCUUGUAACUCAUUCUUGUAUUUCACAUAGAAAUAACUAUUAAGUGAAUUUCGGCUGGCAAACCAAAAGAAAUUAAAACAGCUAAACUUUGGCAGUACUAAAAAUGCUUCUCAGGUGUUAAAAUAAUGACAAGUUUUAGACUUGUGGCAAGGGUUAGGAAUUAGAUGCUUAAUUAAUUGAACCACUACAAACACACCUUUUACAUAAGAGAUAAGUAGUCUUCAGAAAGCAUAUUCGGAUUAGGAUUCCUCAUUGGUUUAGUUGUCAGAAAUAAUGCCUCUCAAGAUAUUUAGCACUAAAAUAUAAAAGUUGAAGAUUGCGAGAUAUAGACUCCGUCCCUUUGGAACGCUAGCCACCUGAAUUUGUCUUAGACGCAUUUCUAACAUUAAAUAACGAGUGCGCAACCUGUAGUUUUUACUGCUGACCAUAAACACUUCAAUAUAGGCAUAACUACUAGGGCUUAUUUCUCCAACUUCACUAGUCGCAAUCCAAUCUUUCUGUCUCUUACCUAAGUUUCAGUUUAAUGGGGCAAAUACAUCGUAUUGAAUAUCUGAUUUCUCCCCAUAGAUUGCUGGUCAUUUGGUUUAGAGCGAAACGUAAGGUCACAGAAGAUUUUGGAAUCUGUUCUUGUGUUGUAGUUCAACAGUAAGUAGCAAACAAGCAAAAAAUUUAAUUCAGAAUAUUGAUAGCAGCACAAGAAUAAAACCAGAUACUUAGUAGGAAAAGGGUAAAUAAAACUAAAGGGCACCGAAGCCAAAGAUACGAAAACAGUCUGCCUUGCUGCGUGUAGUUUUGACUGCUUUGUCGCAGACUCCGAUCAGGAAGUUGACACUAGAUACAGCUUAACCACGGUCAACGACUUCACGGAUUUAUGCUGUCUUGUUCUGAUUCCCUUCCUACCUCUUCCAAAUCAGCUAGAUGUCUGGGAAUAAGCAGUGUCUUGGCACAUACAUGUCCCAACCACCCAAGUCGACUAACGUCACCAACUGAUUCACCAUUUCCAUAUGCCUUCAGCGCUGCUCAAUUUGUGAUCCCAGCACAAGCAAGCGUAACUUUGGCGGCAUUUCUCGAUAAGAAAUUAACAACUUAGGUAAUGACUGAUACUUUCAUAGGUCAUGUUGCGCAUCCGUAGAGUAAUACAAAACAGACAACCUGGCUAGUACAAUUAUCCAUGAAACCGGGGGGCGUCAUC